GUCAUUUAACGUUGCAUAGCUGCGACGUCUGUUUCGUUUUUAUCGCCUGUAGAGAAGCUCAGCAAAGAAAUAUCCGGUUUAUCUGUUUUUAAAAUCUAUAUCAUUGGUGAUGAGAAUCACAAGUUAAUGGCGUUUAGGAAGAAAAGUCCUUUGGCGGCGGUAUUUGACCGUGUCCGUUCACCGUUCGUCUGCGGCGGACACAAAUAUUAUGAUAGUUUGCUAGAAAAGGCGGAAAUUGGUCAAAGACAUGUGUAUCCUCAACAGUUUCUGGAGUCGAAGCUGACAAAGACAUGGGAAGUAUUUCGGCAAACAUUUAUUGAUGAAUGUUUCAACAAAGGAAGUGGAAAGAAAUGGACGGCUGUACCAUUCCUCGAUAUAGUGGAUAGUCCAUGUGCUACUGGCUCGGUGAUUCUGUGCACGAAUAGAGAGAUCAAACAGAAACUCACCGGGCAGCCAAAGCCAGCGUUCUUCGCCGGACAUGCCAACGAUUUCUAUCCACAAGAUAGAGACUUUAUGCUGCCACCAAUAGCUCCAAAGACUACGCCUCUAAGAUGGCGGAACUAUUUUCGGGUGUACCAGUCCCGCCGCGCGGAGAAAGCUGUAAUGAUUUCGCUGACAUUGGAAGACAAGAGCGAGAUAGAGGAGAGAUUGACACUCGACAGUCUAUUUUUAGAUCUUGAUAAUUUUGAGGACACCGGCUUUCAGCACAAAUACUGCUAUGUCGUAACUAAGGUGCUUACGGCAAGGAGCCUUAAAAUAGAGUUUACAGAUGACGGGGAAGUUUUCUACGAGACGGAAUUUAAAGCUGCCGUACCUAUCUGCUUUCAAGCCGCAAAAGUGCACGUGCUCUUGGAAUCGGCAGGACUUCUCAAGCGAAUCGAACCUGUAACUGGUGUGCUGAAUUUAAACUACAGAAAAAGACGGAAUUGGCAAAACUUCUUGAACGCUUUCAUUCCAAAUCAAAACAGAUUAGGACAUUCAUCCGGGGAUUAUCCUAACUCAAUGCAGGUACGGAAAAGUACUGUUUUGAGGUCUUACCGUCCACAUAUCCUUCCCCGACCAAACCGACGUAAAAAUGAUCUAGUCUGGUACUUCGACCACGUAUCCGAGCUAAGGUCAAUCCGAUUAAAUUUCCAACAAGACUGGGACUUAAACCGACGGCUGUGGCUGGAUAAAGCGGUAGAUGACGAUGACGAUGAUGAUGACGAUGAUGAUGAAGAGCAGGCUCCGUACACAUAUUAUCCACAACCCAGCCGCCAGUCCAUCGAAUACGAAGAUUUCGAGUGGUAAAAAUGAUGAACACUUAUUUAUUAUUAGAUCUGAAUAUUCGGCAAACUGAUCUUUUUUUUGUGGAAAAUAAAGAAUAUUAAAAUCGAAA